AUGGUAAGUCUCACCGAUCUCCCCGAGAAGCUGAUUGUGGAAAUUUGUCGUCAAAUUUGCUUCGGCCGAGCGACUUGGAAGCGAUUAAUCAACAGACAUGGACUUCCUUCCCAAGUCGGCCAACGCAAGGAGAAGAAUGCCGUUGCAAACCUCGCAGCUACAUGCAAGUUGCUACACAGAGUUGCGACCCCAGAACUCCGAAGACAUAUCCUUGUCACAGAUUACGCUGGCCCAAGUAGCGCACUGCAGCUAUCCACACUGCUGGACUGUGUUGCCGCGGAUCCGGUUGCUUUCGCCCCAUCAGUCGAACAUGCCUUCCUUCAAUUUGAUUGGGACAAUGCGAGACUACUCAAAGAACUCGGUGAGAUGGGCCGACUUCGUCUUGCUACGAAACGGGCGAGGGAGGCUGGCCAGAUCGUCUUGUCGGACGAAGGCUACCGAGCAUCACAACACAAUGCAUACUAUCUUCAUACAGAUAAGCUUGCAGUUGCAUUCCUGAGCCAGCUGAACAAUCUCAAGGAGCUUAAGCUUGAACGCGAUGGAGUUGUCUUGACUGCUAUGGCACUGUACGUUCAGACGCACUACCAAUCCUUUCUUCCUUGUCUUGAGUCCCUCACGCUCUGGUGUAGUGAGUAUGGGAUGCUCAAGGCACAGGGAUCCUGCAUUGUUGCCAGUAUAGCACACUUCGGAAAAAGACUGAAAGCUGUGGAAAUUUGUGGUAUCCCGAUUGAGAGUGUCAGCGUCUCGACCUUCAAAAACUUAACCUCGGUCAAACUCAUGGACGCAUCCAUACAGCUGGAAUUACUGCGCCCUUUGUUGAGUCAGUGUCGCCUCGAGGAGUUCGUGUUCUGUCGCGCCCGAAACCACAGCUUCAGCGCGGCUGAUGUUAUCGACGCCCUCACGCCGAGCGCGGAUACCUUGAGAUCUCUCUUCCUUACUCUGGGUGAUUAUUGA